GAUAAAGUUCAGUGGCGUGGUUGGGCGAACGCUCCUUAAACCGCCUUGCACGCUAUCCAACAAGGGCUAGGCCCUGAUCGAUAAGGCCCUGAUCGAUAAAUUCGCUGAGAUUCGGUUAGCUAGUCGGAGGGGUAACUUUUUUACUGCCGUAGUAAACCGCCUGCCUCAUUGGACAGCUGCCCCUCUUUACCGCCUACGCUAGUCCCCAAGUAGCCUACGGCGUAUUCUUCUCGUUAAAAAAUCCUUAUCGGCCCCUCUAGAUCGUCAUCGCCCGCCCUAUGCCCGCCUGUCAAGGUAGCGCAGAUUCUGCACCUUCUCACCGCUAAAAUUUUCUGCAGCUGGGGCAAGCAGCGCAGUGAUUUCGCAGAUUGAGGGGCUACGCUCCCCGCCAAUUCCUAGCACCACUACGACGACGCUGCGCCCUUCUCCGACAGCCACGAAUCCGUCCCCGAUUGCUACUGCCCUCCCAGAUGGCGACCGUACUACCGCCGCCCUCGAAGCGGCAGCGGAGAGAGGAGCUCGAGCGUACGCAGACGCAGCAGGAUGUCGCUCCCCUGCUCGCCCCCGAGCUGGGCUCCUUCAAGGCCAACUUUGUCGACAGCGACGGCAACCAGAUGACCGAGGUCAUUGAAAUCAACUUUGAAGACGCAUCCGAGAAGAACAUAUCCGUGCUGCUCAACACGCUGCUGGAGAGGGAUCGCGAAGACUUCACCCCCUACCGCUUCCGCAUUCACAUCCCCGGCAAGGACAUUAUCGUCGACCAGUACCCCGCCGACCUCCUAGGCCUCCUCCAAAAACAUGGCGUGGAGAACCCAUUCGAAACCACCAUUACCCUGAGUGCAGAGCCCCAGUCCGUCUUCAAAGUCCAGGCCGUCUCGCGGCUGGCGCAUCGCAUCCCAGGCCACGGGCAGCCCAUACUUGCCUGCCAGUUCUCCCCGAACUCGUCUAGCAGGCUCGCUACAGGAAGCGGCGACAACACGGCCAGAAUCUGGGACACAGACACUGGCACGCCGAAGCACACACUCAAGGGCCAUACCGGCUGGGUACUGGGAGUCAGCUGGAGCCCCGAUGGCGAGCGCCUGGCCACCUGCAGCAUGGACAAGACAGUGAGGAUAUGGGACCCCGAGACCGGCAAGCCCUCUGGCUCGGACUUCAAAGGCCACGCCAAAUGGGUGCUCGCCAUGGCGUGGGAGCCGUACCACUUAUGGCGCGAUGACACCCCUCGGCUUGCUAGCGCAAGCAAAGACGGAUCGUGCCGCAUCUGGGUCGUGAACACGGGCCGAACAGAGCACGUCCUCAGUGGCCACAAGGGCUCGGUCGGCUCUGUGAGAUGGGGCGGAACCGGCCUGAUCUACACAGGGUCGCACGACAAGACCAUCCGCGUCUGGGAUUCCGUGAGCGGCACCCUUGUGCACACUCUGAUCUCCCACGCCCACUGGAUCAACCAUAUCGCCCUCUCGAGCGACCACGUGCUCAGAACCGGGUACUUCGACCACACCAAGGAUGUGCCCGACACCGAAGAGGGCAGGAGAGCCAAGGCCAAGGAGCGGUUCGAGAACGCGGCCAAGAUCAACGGCAAGGUAGCAGAGCGCCUUGUUUCUGCGAGCGACGACUUCACCAUGUACUUGUGGGAUCCCACCAACAACGGCACGAAGCCCGUUGCGAGGCUCUUGGGACACCAGAACAAGGUCAACCAAGUCCAGUUCUCGCCAGACGGGACACUGAUUGCGAGUGCCGGGUGGGACAACUCGACAAAGAUGUGGAACGCGAGGGACGGCAAGUUUCUCAAGAGCUUGCGGGGCCACGUUGCGCCGGUUUACCAGUGCGGGUGGUCUGCCGACAGCCGGCUGCUCGUGACGGCAAGCAAGGACUGCACGCUGAAAGUAUGGAACGUGCGCACCGGGAGUCUUGCUAUGGACCUUCCCGGACAUGAAGACGAGGUCUACGCCGUCGACUGGGCAGCGGACGGCAAGAUGGUCGGUUCAGGCGGGAAGGACAAGGCCGUCAGGACGUGGAGAAAUUAAAAAAAAAAAAAAAAAAAAAAAAA